AUGGUGGAAGAGGACUUAAAAGAUUUUAAACUUAAACCUAUGAAAUGUGAGCUAAAUUUUCUUAACAAAUCUGAUGGUUCAGCUAUACUUGCUCAAGGUGAAACCGUAGUACUUGUAAGUGUAAAUGGUCCUUUAGACAUAAAAUCAACUAGUCAAAACAUGGAAAAGGCGACAUUAGAAGUAAUAUUUAGUUCAAAAGGCGGCAAGCCAACUGUUUCAGAUAGGUUCAAAGAAAAUGUUAUAAGACAAACAUGUGAGACUGCAAUAUUUGGAUGUUUAUACCCUCGAACUGGUAUAACAAUUACAAUACAAGAACUAGAAGAUUAUGGAGGGCUACUGCCCACUACUAUAAAUUGUACAUGUUUGGCCUUAUUGAACUCUGGCUUAGCUAUGAGACAUGUGGUUGCAGCAGUUGGUUGUGCUUUGGAUGAAGCUGGAAAUCUUAUUAUAGACCCAACUAAUGACCAGAUACAAACCGCAACUGCUACAAUGUACUUUGUUUUUGAUAGUAGAGAAAAAAAUCUAGUUACUGGGUUUUCAACAGGCACUUUUGGUGAGGGAGUGUAUGAUGAAGCUUUGGAGAGAUGUCGGGCAGCCAGUGACCUAGUUUUUAAUUUUUAUAGAGAUAUUGUUGCGUCUUAUUGUAACGUCAUUGGUUAA